UGUUUUCCUGUACUAUAUUUCAGCCAUGACUGCCAAAGAUUGCCCAUCAUUGUUGGGCUUUGGAACCACAAAAACAUUCAAAAUUCCCGUUGAACAUUUGGAUUUCAAGUACAUUGAAAAAUGUUCAGACGUUAAACAUUUGGAGAAAAUUCUUUGUGUGCUUAGGUCUGGAGAGGAAGGAUAUUAUCCUGAACUUAUAGAGUUUUGUGAAAAGCGCCUUCAAGGAUUGGCUCCUCAAAGUAGAGCUUUGAGGAAAGACAAACCUGCAGCGACAGAAUCCAGUUUCACAGCGAGAGAAUGGGAAAAAAUCGAUGGCGAUAUAAAGAAUUGGGUAACAGAAAUUAAAAAAGAAGAAAGUAAAAUAUAUUUUCAUGAAACUGAAACAUUUCCAGCAAAGGAAGAAAAUUUGCCUCCAGUUCGUGGUUCAAACAGCCGUCUUCAUGUUGCCAAAGGAAAAUAUUCUAAAAGUAGAUCAGCUAAAAAGAAUAUUCCAAGGGAUUAUGCAGAGUGGGAUAAAUUUGAUGUGGAAAAGGAAUGUUCAAAAAUUGAUGAAGAUAGCAAAGAAAAAACUCUAAUAAACAACAAGUCACAUUUGUCUAAAAUUGAGACAAGACUAGACACAGCAGGUCUGACUGAGAAGGAAAAGGAUUUUCUUGCUACUCGUGAAAAGGAGAAAGGAAAUGAAGCUUUCAAGUCGGGAGAUUAUGAAGAGGCUGUGAAGUAUUAUACCAGGAGCAUAUCCGUGCUUCCCACCGCAGCAGCCUAUAACAAUCGAGCUCAAGCAGAACUCAAACUACAGAACUGGAACAGUGCUUUUCAGGAUUGUGAAAAGGUCUUGGAGUUAGAGCCUGGAAACGUAAAAGCUCUUCUGCGCCGUGCCACUACAUUUAAACAUCAGAACAAGCUCCAGGACGCGAUGGAGGAUUUGCAUCAAGUGCUGGAUGCUGAACCUGAUAACGAGUUGGCCAAAAAAACCCUGUCAGAGGUUGAAAGAGAGCUGAAAAAUUCUGCGCCCACAUCUAAGACUCACACCAAGGGAAAAAGGAUGGUUAUUCAGGAAGUAGAAAACUCAGAAGAUGAAAAUGGAAAAGAAAGCGAAAGAAAACAUGAAGAUGGCAGUAGAGAUAAGAGAAGUGGAAGCGCGGACGAUCUAAGUGUCUUAUAUUCAAAUAGAGCAGCGUGUCACCUCAAGGAAGGAAACUGCAGUGGCUGCAUUGAAGACUGUAACAGGGCUCUGGAACUUCAUCCAUUCUCCGUUAAACCUCUUCUUCGACGAGCAAUGGCCUAUGAAACUUUAGAGAAGUAUCAGAAAGCGUAUGUGGAUUACAAAACGGUGUUGCAAAUAGACUGCGGAAUCCAGAUAGCCAGUGACAGUAUUAACAGAAUAACAAGAAUUUUAAUGGAGCUGGAUGGACCACGCUGGCGCGAGAAGCUGUCGCCCAUACCUUCUGUGCCCACUUCUGCGCAGCUGCGAGUGUGGCGGCCUCCGGCAGAGACGCCCCCAGACCAAGUGGGAGAUUCCUGCAGCCAUCACCAACCGGGCAGCACAGAUGACAAAAUGUUUAAAACCCUUAAAGAAGAAGGAAAUCAAUACGUAAAGGACAAAAACUAUAAAGACGCACUUAGUAAAUACAGUGAAUGCUUACAGAUUAACGAUAAGGAAUGCGCCAUUUAUACAAAUAGAGCUCUCUGUUACUUGAAGCUGUGCCAGUUUGAAGAGGCGAAGCGGGACUGUGAUCAGGCGCUUCGGAUAGACGACGGGAACGUGAAAGCGUGCUACAGACGAGCUCUUGCUCAUAAAGGCCUCAAGGAUUAUCAGAAUAGUUUAAAUGAUCUCAAUACAGUUCUCCGGCUAGACUCAAGUAUUGUGGAGGCCAAGAUGGAACUGGAAGAGGUGACCAGAUUCCUUAAUGUGAAGGAUCAGGCUGCAUCACUCAACAAAGAAAAGGAGAGAAGGAAAAUUGAGAUUCAAGAGGUGAAUGAAGGCCAUGAAGAGCUUGGAAGGACCCCCGAGGAGGUCUGCACGGGCUGCCCUGCCUCUGAGGGGGCCACCAGCCGUGGGCCACCAGAAUACUACGAGAAACUGCCCAUCACCAAGCCCAACAAUGCCUAUGAAUUCGGGCAGGUGAUGAACGCUGUCAGUGCUCGAAAAGAUAAAGAAGCCUGUGCACAUCUGUUAGCCAUCACUGAACCGAAAGAUCUGCCAGCGUUGCUGAGUAACAAACUCGAAGGGGAUCUAUUCCUCCUCCUCAUUCAGUCUCUGAAAAGUGAACUUAUUGGUAAAGAUCCCUCAUUGGUAUAUCAGCAUCUUCUAUAUCUGAGUAAAGCAGAAAGGUUUAAGAUGAUGUUGACCCUAAUUAGCAAGGGCCAGAAGGAGCAAAUUGAACAGCUUUUUGAUGACCUCUCGGACACACCAAACAAACAUUUUACUUUAGAAGAUGUACAGGCCCUAAAAAGGCAGUAUGAGCUUUAAAUCAGGAUUGUUGUUAGAUCUCUUCCAUGCAUGCAUGUGCUCCAGUAACACUAGGGAGACGGUAUUGUCAUACAGUUGCAUGGAUAAAACCUUGCUUAGAAAAGAUCCCUGGGUCUGGACUAUAAAAUAUUUUACUUAUUUUUAUACAUAGAACAUGUAUAUUCUACAAUCUGCUUUUUAUCAGUUGUAAAUAUUUUCUUAUGUACCAGAGCUAACAUCUUUAUAUUUAAUAAUAAGUAUAUUUGGAACUUAUUCAGAUGCAUUUUAAUUUAUAUCAUACAUUUCCUUUAAUAACUUGUUAAAAAUUUGAGUUAAAUUGCAUUUCUUUGGGCUAUGAAGGCAUCCACUUAGGUUUGACAGAAAUAUAUUUCUUUAAAAUGCAUUUUUAAAAGUGAAAAUCAUUAACAGUGAUUAUGUCACCUUUAUUUCCUGCUAACACAUACAUAUAAGUCCCAUUUUAUACUAGUUGUAUAUUACAGUCUGCUAAGAUAAAAUGCAAUACUUAAAUCCAUAAUAUGAAAUGAUUAUUAAAUAAAUUGUGAUGAUCAAUUUAAAGCUAUAAGAGGAACUUAUUUUUUCUAAUAUGGAAGCAUUGCCUAAUAAUUAAGAACAAAAAUUGCCAAAAAUUUCUACCACUUUUUACUAGACUUUAAAAAGCUCCUUUCCCUUAUAAAUUGCUUGUAUAAGCGGUAACAAAACAACAAAUACAUGAGAGCAAACUAAGCCUUCGUUUCUGUUUGCAUUGUUAACCCCAUAUUUCCCCAAAUAUUUAAAUGUCUUCUUGCCCUCUUUCAUCCCUCUUUUAAGCAGGACCAUGUUUGUUCCCUUAAUGUCAAAGGAAAAGUGAACAACUCUUGAAGCUCUUUUGUUAACUGAGGGUAAAGGUAUUUCUUAAAAUAAAACAUUCGGUUUCUAUCAGUAUACCAUCAAA